AUGGCGGAAGCAGGCUUCGCUGUUUCGGCAAACAAGAACAGGAGUAACUCCAACAGAAACAUGAACAGGAGUAACUCCAACAGAAACAAGAACAGGAGUAACUCCAACAGAAACAAGAACAGGAGUAACUCCAACAGAAACAAGAACAGGAGUAACUCCAACAGAAACAUGAACAGGAGUAACUCCAACAGAAACAAGAACAGGAAUAACUCCAACAGAAACAAGAACAGGAGUAACUCCAACAGAAAUAGGAGUGACUCCAACAGAAACAGGAGUAACUCCAACAGAAACAGGAGUAACUCCAACAGAAACAGGAGUAACUCCAACAGAAGCAGGAGUAACUCCAACAGAAGCAGGAGUAACUCCAACAGAAGCAGGAGUAACCCCAACAGAAGCAGGAGUAACCCCAACAGAAGCAGGAGUAACCCCAACAGAAGCAGGAGUAACUCCAACAGAAGCAGGAGUAACUCCAACAGAAGCAGGAGUAACUCCAACAGAAGCAGGAGUAACUCCAACAGAAGCAGGAGUAACUCCAACAGAAACAGGAGUAACUCCAACAGAAACAGGAGUAACUCCAACAGAAACAGGAGUAACUCCAACAGAAACAAGAGUAACUCCAACAGAAACAAGAGUAACUCCCAACAGAAACAAGAGUAA